GACGAUUCUCACAGCUGCCGUGUGGCGGUGGAGCCGAUGUGCCGAGGCCAGCGUCUUCUGCAGGAGUCCGUAGAGGUGCACCUGAAGGGGGCGCUGCAGGGCUGGGAUGCUUCGUGCCUGACUCGAACUCCCACCGAGUCGUGGCUGCUUCAGCUCCUCAGCAGCAGCUACCAGGAAGUGGCUGCCUUCCUGCCUCUCUUCACACAGCUGUCCGCUCUUUCACUUCAAAUGCUCGCUGAAGUCGGCCACAGUGGGCUGUCGUGUCCCGCCGUCUUCUCCCCGCUGUCCCAGUCCACAGCUCUGCUCACCGUUUUCCAGCCGAUCGUCCUUCAGCACGACCAGCUGCUGAAGACGAACAUCUCCGCCCCCUCCGCCGCGGAAACCUCCGCUGACCUGCCGGAAGUGGUGAACAGCGUUCUGGGCGUGGUCUAUGACAUAAUGAACCAGGAUGGCGACAGGACUGACGAUGAGGUCCGGGACCCUCCUGCACCUGAGUGGGCUGCACAGGAGCUGAGCCACAGGUCACCAAUGACACACACCUUAGAGGCCUGGUUCCCACAGUCGGAUCAGUCAGGAGUCGGCGCCAAUUUAAUGGAGUCAAUAAGAUUGCUCCAUGUGGUACCUGAAGAGGGAUCAGCUGAGGAUCUUUUUGAGGCUCAGCAGAAUCUGGUCAGCGGUCUGUCUGAACUGUACCAGGAGUCAGUCAGCAAAAAGGGGAAGAAACGGGGUGCCCACCGUACGCCGGUGAAGCAGAAGAUGAAGACAAUGAGUCGCUCACUGCAGAUGCUGAACGUGGCGCGGCUAAACGUGAAGGCUCAGAAGAGUCAGAGCGAGGCCGAGCCGCCGGGCGCCGACAGAGCCGGGAAGAGACGGCUAAGUGACAGGAACAAACCGGCAGCAGCGAGCGCGCUCAGUUUUUCUAGUGAGAAAGAGCUGCUGAGGCACUUGAAGGCCGGUUACAACAAGACGGUAGCAGAGAGAGACUCGUCUCUCCUGACCACCGCUCAGCAGCUUCUCAACGCCGUAAAAACAUUUCUAACUGCAGAGUCAGACUGGCAGGAAAAGGCGUCUCUGCUUGUGGAACAGCAUCUCAUGAAGACCGGCAAAUCGAUCCGCCAGCUGUACCCCAGCGCUGACGAAGCCGAGAGCAAAGUCAGAGAGUGCCAACUGCAAGUGAUGCUGCGGCUGGAGCUGUGCAGACGUUUUGCUUCCAAACAAUCCCACUCAGACGCAGACCGGAUGGUGGAGGAGGCGGCGGAAAUGCUCAGAAUAAUCUCGUUAACCAAAGACCCGGUGUGCCUAGCAAGGUUUCUUCAGGACGAAGUCCUCCCAGGCUUCCUGACUGCUGUUCCGAAAGUGCUUGCAGACGUCUACAACAGCCUCGGCACUCAGCUCCCUGACGCCCUGGUGGCCGUUCUGCCUGCUGACUUCUUCAGCGACGACUCUGUUGCCAAGGACAGCAUCUCCCCCUCUGCCUCCUCGCCUGCCGUCUCGGCACAGAGCCUCGUCUCUAAUGACGGCUUGCACGACCUGCGGAACCGUUCGGCCAACAAGAGGAGGAGUGGAAUGUUGACUCGACAUCGCAGCAUGACUGAGUCCACACAGAGUCUUCGUCAAAUACAGCUGCCCAAGAAGACCACAAGAGCAUCCAAAAUGAAGAUCUCCCCUGCAGUGAAGAAGCCUGCAGAAGUACAGCAACCUCAGAAACAACAAACACAAGAGGUGACCAAAGUAAGAAGAAACCUCUUCAACCAAGAGAUUGUUUCGCCUUCCACGAAAAGGAGACUACCAAGGAGCCAGUCUGUCUCUGCUGUGGACGGACUGAAACGGAAGCGUCCUCUUGAAUCUGAAGAAAAGCACAAACUUCUCACAAAGAAGGUGUGUGAGACGCCUCUCCACAAGCAGGUGUCCAGUCGCCUCUUACAGCGGCUGAAAGCAGGGAGGAAAUCUGACCAUAAAGGGGAGUGCAUAGUGGAAGAGUCACCAGUAAAACCAGCCGAAGACCUGAGAAGGAGCCCCAGGUUAAAGAAAUUCGGUAGAAGACACUCAAGCACUUUCUACUCAAGUUCUCAGCCUCGCUCCAGGAACCUGGAGAAAGCUCUUUCUUCAUCUCAGCUUCCACUCAGCGACAGCAAAAUCUGUAGCGUUAAUGUGAGAACAGUCCAGUCUCCCUUGCGCCUUCUGUUCGGCGCGGCUGAGUCUCCCAGUGACCAGUUUGAUGAAACCCGAGUCCCCCAGUCUCUGUUGCCCACAGACUCCAGUGUUUUUGAGAGUCCAAACAAAACGCAGUCAAAAUCACCCAAGAGACGUGGAAGGAAUUUGUCUCCUAAGAUGCCCAGAACACCACAGGCCCCACUAUCAUCUAAAAUACAAGUUUGUUCGGUUGCAGAAAGUCCUUUAGCUGAUGCUUCUGGACACGGUAGUAAUAUGAAGACCAUUCCUCUGAAAUCUCCAGGCAAAGAGUCUCUCUUUGUAAAUACGCCAAGUAAACAAGGUCCUGUUGGGAGUCCUUUAAAGGGCAUUCUUAGGACUCCAGUCAAAGCUUCUGGAUUAUGUAAACUUAGCAGCCCGUUAUCCAAGACUCCCAAGAAGAGUGUCACAUGGUCUCCCUCUCCUCAGAAAUGUACAGUGGAGGCAGACCGUGCAACUUUUAAAGUCCCUGAGUCACCAAGUACGGCUCCUCUCAACUCUCUGAGACACAUGAAGACUCCCAGCAAACUCCACAGUCCAGAACAAAGCACUAAAGCUAAAAGAGACAUUUUUAAGACCCCGGAUAAGAUCUGCCAAGUAAGCCUGGUACGGCUGUCCGAACAAGACCUUUUGACUCCAGAAAAGAUUCUGAGAUCUUCGAUAUGUAACACAACUGAAAAUGCGGCGGUUCGUCUGGAAACGACCCCUACGCCGCCCCCGGCAUCCUCAACCCAACAUAAUUCACCUCAGCGCAAAAGCAGAACUAAAGUCAAGAUUCCCAGUCCCAUUCAUCAAAUGAUCACUCGCUCUGGACGAACCCCGAGGAAAGAGCCAAACACCGAAUCCCCGAUUGAGGUGGCAUACCCUCCGCCUGAGGGGGAUAGACUUCCAAACAGUUCGUCAGAGGAGCAGACUGAAACGUCUCAGUCCUCCUCCGAACCCGACUCCAGUCUCCAGACUGAAUCGCAGACUUCUCACGGUAACUCCAUAACCACAGAUGACGACAGUUUGGACAUCGUCGACGCUACGGUGGUCAAGACUCAGUUUAAUCAGGGUAUAAAAAUGAGCAUUAGCUUCUCAAGGAAGCCUAGUGUGUCUAGUCCUGACUGUCCUGUGAGGACGGCUUCCCCUGUACCACCUCAGAACACCCCGGGGCGCAGCUAUGGCUUCCGCCGAACCCCCGACCGUCUGCAGAGGGAGGCCGCCGCUCGUUUGGGGUACGGAAACGACUCCCCUCGAUUCUCAACCCCCAGGGGCUUGACAAGAUCCAAGAAAUCCCCAGUCUCUCCAAACCCUCUGAGUUACCAAGUGGAACUGGAAAUGCAGACGUCAGGACUUCCGAAACUCAAAAUUAAACGGACGGAUUCCAUGAACGCGGAUGACAUCUCUUCUGAGGGUGCUUCUCAACCGGGCACAGAGAGCCCUUUGGUCGGCACUAAGCCUCUCAUGGAAAACCCCCUGACCUUAAUGACCAAACACAAAGACGCUGCUUGUUGCUCGCCGUCUCUCUGCGCUCACGUCACUCCAGCAAAGUGUACUCCUGGAAAAGGCAGCAGUGUCCAGACGUACAUCUGCCAGUCCUACACGCCUACGCGCCACUCUCCGGUGGCAGUAGCGGACAUCAUCCCUCUCACCCCUUCGCCGCAGAGCGUGGGCAAAGUAACCCCGGACAACCUGAACAGCUGGCCGCGCAGGAAGAGGCCUCAACUCGAGACAUGUGGAGGCAAAGAUCGGGUCCCGAAAGGGGAGCCGCGGCUGGAGGAGCUGCUGGAGGAGGCUGAGCUCGGAGUCAGUCCCCUGCAGGACUUUGAAGACACCGAAGAACCCUUGAGCAGCACAGCAGAAAACGAGUCGCACUCAGUGGCAGAAAAGGUGCCGCCUCUUUCUCCCAGGGAGGAUUUGUACUGGAUGACCAAGCUGGCUGAAGGGACAAACAGUCCUGACUCAGCUGAAAUCAUCUGGGCGUGUGAAACUGGAAACAUUAAGUCAACGGGGACUCCUCCCGGUCGGAAGGGCAGAAAACCAGUGACGCCCAGCGGCAUCUUGGCCCUCACUCAGUCUCCACUGCUGUUUAAGGGCAAAACGGGCUCCACCCAUAAGAAAACACCAGAUUUUAAAGACGAAGCCUCGUCAGGGAAAACAGAUCGUGAGCCGGAGCGCUCUCCUUUCAGCCUCUCCCAGCCAACGAGGCGCUCUAACACGGGGAAGACCUACAGCAGGAAGAGACUGCUCCACUGAGAUAAAUAACAUAAAAAGUUUUAGCAAUCAGA